GGAAAGAGGAAAAAAUAAGGACGGAGGUGGUAAUCGAUAAGAGAAAAAUUGUCAGUUUUUUCAAUGCUUCAAGUUUCUUACUAAAACUGUGUUUAAUGUGAAAAAGAAAACUAUAACAGAGUAGUAAUAAUUAAAAAUACAUAAUAAAUUAAAAAGAGUUUUGUAGCUGAAAGGAAUGGCCAAGAAAACUAGAAAAACCUAAAAUUCAUUUUUACUAAAUUUGUAUCAUUAACAUUUUGCUUGGGCGUUUCAAAAAGUCAUAGUCGAAUCAACACCGCUCCAGUUCGUAAUUCCGAAAUAAGCCUGAAAAUCAUUAAAAGCUAAAACAUGCAGCCUCCACCGCGAAAGGGAAAUUAUGUCAAGUUUUUGAAAAAUCUACAUACCGAACAAGUUUCUAAGUUGCAACUUAAAAAUCAACAUGAGUGUGAUUUGUUGGAGGAUAUUCGACAAUUUACCAUCAAACGAUCAAGUAUCGAAAAAUCCUAUAGUGAAGCAUUGCUGAAGAUUUCUUCGGCAUACUUGAAUAAAAAGAUACCAAAUAUUCCUGAUAUAAAAAUGGAAGGAAUGGAGGAGAGAUGGAAUAUGUGGAGCGUUUGGCGAACAGUCUUAGAAGAAAAUGAGAAGUUGGCUCGAGCUCGUCUUGCAGCAAUUGAAGUUUUUCAACAGCAAAUUGCUGACGAAGCAAAAGUCUUGCGUGAUUAUAAGCUAGCGAUUGCGAAGAAAUGUUUAAAUCAAGUCGUUAAUGUCCAAAAGGAGCUUCAUCUUACUGUAGGCGAUGUAGAUAAAACAAAAAAGCAAUACUUUGACGAGGAACACUGCGCACAUGAUGUUCGCGAUAAGGCUCGCGACAUUGAAGAAAAGCUUAAAAAGAAAAAAGGAUCAUUCUUUCAAUCCAUCACUUCGUUGCAAAAAAAUAGUGCUCGUGUUACUUCACGUAAAGAAUUACUUGAGGAAAAAUCUACAGGAGCUCGAAAUGAUUAUAUUCUUAGUUUAGCAGCAGCUAAUGCACAUCAAAAUCGUUAUUUUACCGUCGAUUUACAAACAACUAUGACAACAAUGGAGAAUUACGUAUUCGAGCGAGUUGCUGAAUACUUGACAUUAAUGGGGCGUACAGAGCUGCUAACAUGCUCUGCAACUCAAAAUUCUUUUGGAAAAAUCCGAGACCAAGCCCAGCAACUGACACGAGACUAUAAUUUGCAAUGUUGCUAUCUUUUUUAUCCUGUACUUAAGCAACACAUUCAAUAUGAUUUCGAACCAUGCGACAAUGAUCCAGUGCGCAAGGUUACUGCUGAACAUGAGUCAGCAACCGAAACACUUACUAAGGAGGCCAAAAAUCUAGCAGGUCGUGUAGUUAAAGAAAAUAGUAGUGUUCGGGAGAAUGCAAAGAAAUUAGCUCUUUGUGUUGCACUUCGAGAUUCAGGCCAAAGAACUGACCCGAAUGAUCCCAAUGGACCCGAUUUGGAUACUAAAAUAGAAGAAUUCCGUGAGUCUAUUCGACGAUCGGAAACAGAGAAAGCUAAAGCUGAGGCUUGUCUAGAGUGUUUGAGAAAUGGGGGAAUAAACGUAGACGAAUGGGUACAAGAAGCUGAAAUAAUGGGGGUUCAGGAACUAACAAGGUCUGCUAGUUCAUUAUCGAUGAGAACAGACGCUUCAGGACAAGGAGAAAAUCCCAGCUCAGAUUCCUUCUAUGAUAGUGACAAAGAAGAAGCAGUUGAAGCUGUUGCUCACGUUAAAACCCCCUUGGAAGAUAAGGAAUUGGCAAGAGCAAGAACAUUUAGCGAUAGCGAUGAAGAACAAGAGGAAGAAGUACGUGCAGUUGAAGCUAUUGCUCCCACUAUAGGAGCUUGGGAAGAUCCAACUGAAGUUAAUUGGGGUGCUGAGGAUCGAGAUGAAGAGCUUACAAUUCCUGAGCCUAAAGAACCUAUUUUCAAGUGCACCGCCUUAUAUAGUUACACGGCUCAAAAUCCAGAUGAGUUAACCAUUGUUGAGAACGAACAACUUGAAGUUAUUGGAGAAGGAGAUGGUGAUGGUUGGUUACGCGCUCGAAACUAUCGUGGCGAAGAGGGUUAUGUUCCUCAUAAUUAUUUGGACAUCGAACAAGAAGCUGUAAACAGCACAUCGAACACUAAUCAACUCCGGUCUCAAAUAUCAUUUUCUUCUGUUGAUUACACGGUGGAUAACGAGGAUCCUACUGUAGAUUCCAUUCAAUCACCUGACCAGGUAUCGGUUAUAAUGGCACCGCACAAGAAAAAGCCAGAACAAGAGUUUUGUAUCGCUUUGUACGAUUAUGAUGCUACUGCAGAAGAUGAAUUGACAUUUGAAGAAGGACAAAUUAUAAAAAUUGUCACAAAAAGCGCACAUGGUGUUGACGACGGCUGGUGGGAAGGCGAACUCGAUGGGAAAUUUGGUAAUUUCCCAUCUUUGGUUGUAGAAGAAUGCGACGAAAACGGAGAACCUCUAACUGAUGGUGGAGAUGAAUCACCCCCACCAACAGCACCACCCAGUAUAGCGCUUCCAAUGGCACCACCACUACCACAGGAGUAUGCUGAUGAAUUAAAUGAGGAUAUGUUCCAAUCAACAGAUAUUCCAGAUGAUGAUUCAAAUUAUGUAUCCAAUGGAAUUCCAAGUUUUCCUCCUCCAGUUAUCAUUCAAGAACCGGAUAGUCAGGACGACGAAACUGAGACCAAUAUGAAAGCCGUUUCACAAAAACUAAAGUCAUCAGCUCUAGCCGCAGAAGCAAUGGGCAAAAAGGAUGCUGAUACAUUAGACUUAGGUAUGGCACAAAUAAUUGUUACAGCUGCAACCCCUAUGGUUGAAGAUGGAACAGAUAAAUCUUUCCCCCCUGUAGGAGAAAGGGGUGGUGGAUCACGAGCAACCGAUGAACCAAAUCGUUCUGUUGCCGAUGAUGGAGGCGCUGAAAAGAUGUGCGAUGAAAAUGAAAAUGUCGAAGAUGAUUCUGAGCCGCUUUUUGAAGAUGACGAGAAGCCCCAAUCUGACACUGAAACUGUCGAACCAUUUAAAUCAGAACCAAAAGAUCCUUUCAACGAAAAAAGUACUGAAGCUGAAUCAACUGAUAAUGCUUUCGAAGCUAAUUUCGAAGCAAAUUUUGAUGAUGCAUUUGCAUCAGCCGAAGCUGAACGUGAAACACCCAAACAAGUUAUCGGUGGCAGGGCCAGUAUACCAGAAGAAUUAGCUCCUCAUCAAUUAGCUCGCUUACAAAACCUUAAAGAAUCUAAUGCAUAGUUAAAUAUAAGUUUGAUGUUAAAAUAGGUGCAUUAAGUAAAUAACUUUAUAUAAAAAUAAAAAUAUGUAUUACAUGACUAUAAUGGUCACAACAAAUUAUGCACAUUUAUCACACCUACAUAAUAUUAUGUACUAAUCAAAUCAGCAAAAAAAAAAAAAAACAUUAAAGGCAUAAAUUCAUCGUUUAUCUAGUUAAA